UACACCUGUAUGAUGGACUGCUGCCGAUUGAAGAAAUGGAGAGGUCUUGCCAAAAAAUAUGAGGCUAUGGCACUGAAAAGAUGUGCAAAUAUCCUGUGUUCAGACUUUACCCCAGACAACUUGGUUGUAGUAGCAAAUGUUUUCUGCACAUGCUUGGAAUCUAGGUUGGCCAAUGGAGACAUUCAAGGAGCUGUAGAGAGCGGGGGAUCUGCCAAAGUUAUUGCUGAAAUGCUGAGAAGUCAGGAUAUGGAGGUUGAGAUUUGGCCAUCCCAGGCAUCUGCACUGCUGUACUUAGAUCGUAUUUCGGAGUGUGAAACAGUGCUGGAGCAACUUGAAUCAGUUGCAAUCAUGUCCAACAAUCCACUAGGAAGAGCAUAUUUUAUUGCUGGUUGCUUGGACGUAGGAUUAGAUGCAGGUUACCUAGUGCGUCCUUUCAAACACUGUGUGGACUUCUGCACCACUGCAAUGAAAGAUCCCAACCUCCAAAGAGACAAGGGUAUAUGCUUUUACCUGGCUGUAGACUUAGCUCUCUGGUUUGCGAGAAUUAACCAUUGGAAAGAAUCAGAUACCUGGUUUGAGAAAGCUCUGGAAUGUCAGCCUCAAAUUCAGGAAACUGUCACCUGCUUCAGGACUGUCUAUGCCAUGGUGAAGAUGUGUGAAUGUCGUCUGCUUUGUGCCAAUAAGGCUGGUAAAAGACCAUUUGCUGAUGCACUUCUCAAAAAGGCACAAAAGUCAUUAAAAAGCCUUCAGAAGCAAGUUGGAAUGCUUCAAGUCCUUCAGCCUCGUAUGUUACAUAUGGAAGCAUACCUCAGUGCUCUGAAAGGUAAUCUACAGAGGGCUAAAAAAUUGCUGACACAGUGUGAAACUGUCAGCAGUGCCAUGGGGAACAUUCUGGAAACAGAGUGGGCUGCUUGGUCUCAGAAGGUAUGGUUUGACCCAGCGUAUGCUGAUCAUGAGAACGCAUUCUGGAUGCAGGGAGGUGUGACCAGAGUUCAGUCCAUAGACAGCACUGGAACUGCAGCUAGUGUGAGGUUCUCUCUGCCACUGUCAUCUGUGACACCGAAUACUGCUUAGAACCCCUCAUAAGACUUAUUGCUAGACUCCACAAGUCAUUGCUUUGAUCUUAAUGAAGUAUUGUCUGUGAGCUUUUUUCAAAGAAGGAUUUUUGUGAUAAUAGUUUUUAUCAGUUUUAUUUUCAUUUUCAUAGCUUUUCUUUUACAUAUUGAAGCAAAAUAACUUGCUGUGUUCUGUUUAAACAAUUUUAUUCCCAUAAACAAAACUUUUUAACAGAUGUUUUCUAUUUGGCAAAACAUGUUGAUGAAAUAAAUGUACAUUAUAUAUAAGGACCAUCACCUGUACAAUAAAAAAUAUCACAUAAAACCCA